CAAUGUAAUUGUUAAUGAACAACCGCCACCUAGCAAUGUAAUUGUUAAUGAACAACCGCCACCUAGCAAUGUAAUUGUUAAUGAACAACCGCCACCUAGCAAUGUAAUUGUUAAUGAGCAACCGCCAUCUAGUGAUGUAAUUGUUAACGAUCAACCGCCAUCAAUUAAUGCUAUCACUAAUCAACAGCAAUCACCAAUUAUUAAUGAACAAUUACCGCCAUCAAACAUUGUUAUUAUUAAUGAUCAAAAGUCAAAUAUUAUUACUACUAUUAAUGAACAACCACCGUCAAAUAAUGCAACUAUUAAUGAACAGCCACCAAUAAUUGAUGCGAUUAGUAACGAACAACCACCAAUAAUUAAUGCGAUUAUUAAUGAACAACCACCAACUAAUGAUGUUCUUAGUUCCCAACCACCACCAAAUAAUGUUAUGAUUAGUUCUGAUACUACUACAAUUAAUACACAUCAAAUCAACACAAGUAAUCAAAUUACCGUUGAAUCCAACUGUAGUGACACAUUUACAACUUUCAAAUCAUGUGGGGCCUUUGCAAAUUUACUCAAACCAUGGAUAUUCCACAAGAUUUUCAGAAACCAUUGA